AUGUCAGACGAAAAAUCAUUAAAACGGUGGAUAAACUCCAAAAUCAACUCAGCGGUUAUUAACCUUAGAACAGACUUGCUGAAUGGGUUAAUACUAGUGGAACUUAUUAAUAAAAUUGUGCAGGAAUCUCCAACAUUCACAACUAUAAAGAAAGGUACCGAACCAACAACUUAUGUAAUUAAACCUGUAUACCCAAAACCUGCUUUCAGGGUUCAAAUGAUUGAAAAUGUCUCUGACGCAUUGGAAUUCUUGAAAAUCAUUCUUCAAAUUAACAUAACGAACAUAAGUGCUGAAGACAUAGUUGAAGGGAACAUAAAACUCAUUUUGGGGCUUUUAUGGUCACUCUCCUUAUAUUCCACAUCCUCAACAUUAACUAAAGUACUAUCCAACGAAUGCAAUUCAUUUCAUAAGGUGAAAAGUAUAUUGAAAAACUGGAUAAAUGUGAUAAUAAGGAAAAGACAUGGACUUUUGGAUAUCCAAAAUUUCGAUAGAGAUUGGAGCUUGGAAAAUAAAAGACCGGAUUUAAUUUUGGCUAGUGUAUUAGAACAUUACUUAGGGAAGAAGCUGGGCUUCAUAGAUUAUUCACAAUUAGAACGUAAUGGAAGGAAGUUGCAAAACAUUUCAAAAGUUUUCGAAGUGGCUAGAAUGCUUGGAAUACCUCAACUUGUUGACGUAGAAGACUUUGUACGGUUUGUCCCUGACGAAAGGUGCAUUAUAUUAUAUAUAGUCGAAUGGUUUAAAGUCUUUGAGAUGGAAGACGAUGAAGAUGACGGAGAACAGUCUAUUCAAACAUCUAAUUCAGCUGGAUCUGAAUCAAUAGAUAUCCCAUUCAUCUUAAUGAAUGACAAUAGGACGAAACGAAGGAGUAGGGCAUUCAAAAUGGUGGAAGCUGCUCAUAGAAAUAACUAUAACAAAGAUAAAGCACUUCCAAAGCUUCCUCAAGAGGUAGAAAUGACUAAAAAAAGUUCAAAUUUAAGAAUCAAACAUCCUAAACACAACUCGGAAAGUAGCUCAGAAGGGAACGACAUAAUAUUGGAUAAAAAUGAUUUGAAAUCAGCCAGAGCACAGAAGAAGACAAAGAAGCUGAAAAAAUCUACGCAUAAGAAGUCUACCACAGUUAAAGGUAUCGCAACCAUUCAACAAGUUUCCCCAGUUAGGAUAACUCAAGUUCAACAGGUUAAAUUACUGCCAGCAAGGCAAGAGAAUGUGAUAUCUCAACAACACUCUAGACAGACAGAAGUUGUCCAACAUAAUUUGGAACCUGUACAUAUAAACUUCACUCAAGCUAAACCGGUAACUAACACCCAAGAACCAAUAUUGAGAAAAGAGCCUAAACUGCUAGACCCCCAAGUAGCGAGCCUGAUAGUUAGUCCCCCAUUGCAUUAUAAGCUGCUCGACCCUGUAUUACCCAAGAGGAAGGCACCUGCCUUUCUGGAUCCCGUUUUGACAAAAGAAGGAUUACCAUCAAGUUUGCUGCUUGAUCCCUUCAUUGCUAACAAAAAAACAGAAACUCCCAGGCUGCUCGACCCUAUUGUGCCCCAGCAAUACCAAGAAAUUAAUAGGCUGCUUGAUCCAAUAUUAGUUCAAGAUAAGGUGCCUGUUGCUAAACAAGCUAUUUCCGUUCAGCCUAACUCAAAUUUCCAAGGUAGCAAACAACUCGACCCUAUUUUGGUCAAGAAAGAGGAAGCAAUCGGUGAACUGGCAGAGCCUAUCAAGCCCAAACAAGUCGAACAAGUCAAGCAGGUGGAACAAGUUAAGCAAGUCGAACAAGUUAAGCAACUCAAACGGGUCCAGCAAGUCGAACAAGUUAAGCAAGUCGAACAAGUUAAGCAAGUCCAACAAGUCCAACAAGUCCAACAAGUCCAACAAGUCCAACAAGUCAAGCAAGUCCCUGAUCCAGUUGCACAGCCCAUACAAGUUGCACGAGAUACACAAGGGGCACAAGGUUUCUUUGAACCAUUUGAAUUUGAGCGCUUUGACCUGACGGAGCCAACUAGUACCAAUACGUUCCAAACAUCGAGCAGUGCAGAUACGCAUGAAAAGAAGUCUUACUUUGAACCACAUAAAUCUCAUAGCGUUGGCAAUAAGAAAGAAUCUACUGCUGAAGGGCAAUCUUCUCAAUUCAAGCAACACAUUAGAGCGCCCAUGUUCAAAGUGAGGCGAAAAGACCUGCCUAUUCCGAAGCAAGCUACAUUUCAACAGCAUGUUCCUCAAAUUCCUGUUGAUGAAAUUGAUAAAGUACUCGAAACUAGUCCUAAAAAGCCUGAUUCACCAAUACAAUCAAGAAAAAAGAUGAUUGAAGAGAACGAAGACCAUGAACACAUCGUCACCUCAAAACAUGAUAUUCAACAUACAGAUGCAAUAGUGAGUAAUAAUUCGCUGACAAAAGUUACCGUUUCUGCAACAAAGGAUGCUAUCGGGAAAAUGGAACUGAAAAUUGCAAAACCUCGAGAAGUAGUUGAGAGUACUAAUGUUGAUUCUCAAGUUAAAUCACUAAAAUAUGCAGAGUCAAAGGGAAUUGACAAGUCCAGCUACUCUAAAGAAGAAAAUAACUUCAAGCAACCUAUUAAAACCAAUACGAGCGAAUUAUAUCCCCAGAAAGAAGUAAAAUCAAACGAACUUGGACAAGAUCAAAAUGAUGUCCCUGUAGAAUUGUCGAUACAAGUUAAAGACAAUAAUUUACCGGUCAUCUUACCUUCUGAGAACAAAAUAGUAGCUCCUAAGAUACCCAAUGCUGGUGAAGCGGGCGUAACAGUUGUUCAGCAUCCAGUGAAACUUGAUACUAAUGUGGGCAAACAGGUUCAAGUACAGCCAGCUAAAGCAUUUGAAAAAGCCCAGAAGCAAGAGCCCAAGAAAUUGAAUUUUGCUAAGUUAAUCGAAAAGUUUGAGCAGGGUAACCAAUCAUUACCUGUAAAGCCAAUCAGACCAAUAAAGUCCUUCAGGCCAACUGAACAAAAGAAUCAGCCUAAGAAUGUUGAAAACUUUAUUCAACCACAAGUAAAGGAGAGCCGAAUCCAACAAAGAGCGAAGGAAAUUAAUUCCGCUAUUCAGAGUGAUACCUUGGAAAGAAAGGCUUCAAUUGGUGAACCAACAAUAUCUAAAAAGAUUGACAGUACUGAAAUCAAAUUACCGGAAACUGACUCAAAUCUUUCAAGUAUACCAGAUGCCACUGAGCUUUCAGUAAAGUCUGAUGGAAUCUCAAUUGAAAGAAAGGGUAUCUCUGACGCAAGUAAGCAAAAGGAAGACUCGGAGGAAACAGUCACUGAAGAAGGAACUAAAUCUCACCAAGCGCCUGGAGUUAAACUAAUUGUCAAUGACAGUAAUGUCCAAUAUGAGGAAUCACCACCGAUUAAUAUCAUGUCAGUUGAACCUAGCGUAACGGAACAAAGCUCGGAGAAGAGUGAGCUUAUAUCUGUCCCAGAAAUCUCAAAUACUGGAGCACUUCAGAAAAAGAAUUCAAGUGCGAUAUCAGAUUCAGGACCAUCUGACAUUCCUGUAGACUCAAUAUCGCCUUACACUGACGUCAAUGGUAUCUUAGAGCAAAACGCAAUUGAGGUACCACUGAAGGCUACUGCAAAGUAUGAUUCUGAUAAAAUAUCUCCUAUCAAUGAACAUGAAGCUAAUUCAAAACCACAGAAGGUGGAUUUGAUUGAACCGAGAUUGACCAAUUUGGCUGAAAAUGCAACAGGUAUUGAACAUUCCUUGGAUAAAGUUACUCAACUGAAAUCUUCAGAUGUGAAAUCAUCCACGAAGGAUUUGUCACAUUCUGAGGCCAGCUCAACCAAAUUAGAUAAUGUUCAAUUGAACGACCAAGUGGAAGAUUCCAAGCCAAGUGGAAGUGGUAUUACGCCAGAAACUCUUAAAGAGUUCGAACAAGCUGAGCUUGAACACGUAAAAAUUAUCGAAAGGUUAGAACACCUUAAAAAGGCCGAGGAAACUAGACUAGUUAAAAAUGCUUCCAACCAAGUGGGAAAUGUUUCGAAUGAUAAUUCCAAGAUUAAAGAUGAACCUGACCUAAAUGAUGCAGUAGAAACGGCUAAACCUGUGCAAAACGUUGAGCCACUCAAGCCGCUACGUUUGGUUAGAAAGCCUUGGACAACCACGAAGGUUGAAAGACUUGAAUCACGCAAGCUGUACACACAAUUUGAGGCCCAAUAUAUAGUUGAAUCUGUAAGGGAAAUUGAAAGACUUCAACAACUAAUUGAGGAAGUGAAGAAUGUUGAGCAGUCCGAAUAUGCUAACCAUGUUCAGCUAAAACCAAUAGCAAAGACAAUUUACGAAGAAGCAAAGGCCACUACUGAAGCUCCAUUUAUAAAAGAUAGUUUAAUUGAGCAUAUCAAUGAAGUGGACGAGCCAGAAGCUACUGGCUCGAGCACUGAUGAAGGAGAGCCUUUGAGCCUGACAAAUAAUUCGAUAUUAUCAAAGGAAGUGACACCAAAGAAGAAUAACGCAAACAAACAGAAGUUAGAUCCUAAACUUUUGAGCACCGACGUAGAAAAGCUAGAGGAUAUCUCUACUUUAAGCUGUGCAAAUGUUGAAGAGGAAUCAGAUGACAUUUCGACCCAUCAGAACGUUGAGGAUAAUGUAACAGAGCUGAAAUUAAUAAACACUGAAACUGAACCUGUUCAGGAAGCUGAAAUAUCUGAUGAAGAAGACUUCACAAAUCCGAGUGAUCGGACAUUGCACAAUGUGCCUACGCCAAUAAAAUGUGAGACAGUCAAAAGUGAGCAACUCAAGGAACUACUCAGAAAGGUAGAACAACAUAAGAGAGUAGCACAAAUUACUGGAGACGAGCUUGUCGAUGAUCAACUUAGAAAUGAUCAAAUUUCAAGAGAUAUACCUAACCAACCAGCCAUGGAGGAUGCUUACUUCGAUGAACUGCCAGAACUGGGCACAACAGAACUACCUGUAGUGAAUGAAAGUCUUUUUGAAAUGGAUAACACAACAGAAGAAACAUUGAAAAUAUUGCAGCAGGUUGAAUCUGAAUACACGGAAGAUUCUGCUUCAGUAGAAAAGGAUCACCAAGAUGUUCGUGAGAAUGAAGUCGAUGUAUUAAAGGAUCAAAUUGAGAAAGGUAUGCAUGUUAUUCCAACAGGAGAACCGGAGCUUGAAGCUAGCAAGAAUUGCGAUAACUUUGGAAAAAUUGAGCAAAUCAAUAAACCUGAACCUGCUGCACCGGUAGAAGAACUUCUCUCUAGUAUGAAGGAGCAAAUUCUUGAACCUGAACUUCUUUCACCAGUGGAAAUACCGGAAAUAGAAAGCAGAAUUGAAGAACCUCCCAAUGGAAUUGAAUUUGGUGAGCUCAAGGAGCAAGUAAAUGAACCUCAACUUGCUGUGCCAGCUAAAGAACAUGGAGUUAGCAAAGAUUUUUCAGUUGAUGACCUUAAGCAGCAAACCAACGAAGAUGAACCUGCUGCCACGUCCGAAAUAGCUGAACUCAAUAUUAACAAUGAUAAAGCGGAUAAAGAAGUAAAGCAAUUUGAAGAAUUUGAACCUGCGACUCCACUCGAAGAACACUAUCUUCAGACGAAGACUGGUAGCACUAAGAAGCUAAAGGGCCAUAAAGAAAAGUCGGAGCCGUUUACUCCUGUUAAGAAGUCUAAGAAAAAAUCGAAGGGCAAAAGGGCAACUAAUCUGGCGAAAUCAAGUAAAUCAAAUAAGUCAGACAAGUUGGCAAAUUCUUUGGUUUCUCCAACUGAAUCAUUUGCUACAAUUGACUUUGAUAGACCAUUGGCCAAUCGUGCCAAUUCUUCCCCAAGGAUUUACGUCCCGAUUAGCAAACAACUCCCUUUGAUUCCCUCAGUACAUGGUACUGUAUCGGAUUCAGGAUUUGAUCUGCUUGAUGGCGUAGUGAUUGAACAAGUGGUAAAUGUAAAGUCUUCCCCUGCCCAGCCGCAAAUUAUAUGUUCAUUGCCUAGUAGAAUAAAUUCUGCUGAAAAAUUCUCAGCACCACCAUCACCAACCGUCAAAGGGAAAUGCUCUUCUGUUGAUACCUUAACCAAUCUAGACUCAUCCUUGUCUGUUCUGGAUGUAGUUAAAUCGCCAACACCCACUCCAUCAUCAAAUAAGCUUUCGAAGCCAUUUUCAAAUAUUAUUUCUUCAGUUAAUAAGGAGCUCAGACACCGUCUAAUACUUAAUGGGUAUGGAAAUAUGUCAGAGCCUCAGACUCCUCUUUCGAGUACUCCAACUCCAACAUCCCAUGAGCCCCGCUCGCCUCCAGUUGAACUGUUAUGUAAACCUAUCCGAGGUAAAAACAGCUAUAAUUAUGGCUUUUCUCAACUUCAAUUGAAGUCAAAUUCCUUGGCAUAUACCAUUAGCAGACAUUCUCAGGAGGUCUCUAACUUAAUUCCGUCAUUUGAAAAGGAUAUUAUUCAAAACAUCAUAAAGCAUCUGAGAAAAUGCUUUCAAUUGAUUCAUAACAUCGAUGGAAAAGGUGCAAUUUCUUUAACUCCUUUCGAUGAAGCAAUUAAUUGCUUGAAACAAUUGCAAGAAUCAUUGAUUAGAUUUGAUUGUUAUAAAGCAAUUAUAAGGAAAGACUUAGAGUUAGCACUAGACAUUCGUGGGUUGGAAUUUAGAUUGCUGGAAUUUAUUACAGCAAUGGACCCUACCCCGACUUCGUCUUCUACAACAACUCCUGAAUCUACGGCUGCUCUAGUUUCUCCGGCAUCAACUUCUUCGACAUCUCCGGACUGGGUUUCAGAAUUAGGACUGUUAAUUGAGGUAGAAGAACAGUUUUCAAUGAAUGCGCUGAUUGCAAUUUGUGCUUUGGCCUCUGAAUUUCUUGAAGUGGAAGAAAAUAUACCAGAAAUGCUUGGAAAAUUACCAGCAAAUGGAUCAAAUGUAGCCUACAAGGCAAAGUUCGACCUCUUAUGUGGCACUUUGGAAACCUUGGAAGAUUACUUCGACAGCUUGGAAAUAAAUAAGUUCAUAUCAGAUUUAAAGAGAAAAAUGGAGAAGGGUAAACUAGGAUUACAAUCAAGAAGUACUUUACCAGUGAGCUUUCGUAUGAAAUCACAGGACAACUCCUUUAGACUGGAAUUGUCAAAGAGUUACAGUGACUUCAGUAUUUAUAACUCCGAUGCUAGUGCCUCCAGUUCAUUAUUCGAAAAUUCAUUAAAUGUCUAG